AUGCCGAAGCCUAGUUUGUUACAUAUUGAUGAUUUUAUUGUGUCUAUUGCUGAUUUUAUUGUGUCUAUUGAUGAUUUUAUUGUGUCUAUUGCUGAUUUUAUUGUGUCUAUUGAUGAUUUUAUUGUGUCUAUUGCUGAUUUUAUUGUGUCUAUUGCUGAUUUUAUUGUGUCUAUUGAUUAUUUUAUUGUGUCUAUUGCUGAUUUUAUUGUGUCUAUUGAUGAUUUUAUUGUGUCUAUUGCUGAUUUUAUUGUGUCUAUUGAUGAUUUUAUUGUGUCUAUUGCUGAUUUUAUUGUGUCUAUUGAUGAUUUUAUUGUGUCUAUUGCUGAUUUUAUUGUGUCUAUUGAUGAUUUUAUUGUGUCUAUUGCUGAUUUUAUUGUGUCUAUUGAUGAUUUUAUUGUGCCUAUUGCUGAUUUUAUUGUGUCUAUUGAUGAUUUUAUUGUGUCUAUUGCUGAUUUUAUUGUGUCUAUUGCUGAUUUUAUUGUGCUAUCGCUGAUUUUCAGGCAAUUAAGAUAUCUGGGCCGUAAUUCAUCAAGCCAUCAAGUGUCUAUUUACGAAACCAGUACAUCUUUCCUCAAUCAUAUCUGCAUAUAG